UCAUGAAAAAUCCUUAACAUAUUUUAAAAUAGGUAUUAUACCAACCUAGAUAUUUAAUGUAACUUCUUUCUUAUUUAAACAAAUAGUGUAUAUCCAGAUUUUAAAUAUAAAAUGACCUCUAAUGUGUCACCAAGUAGAUCAAAUAUAAUGUCUUCGUCACAUCCAAGUAAAGGCUCUUUAACAGACCGACCAAGCAGCUGUUCUAAUAAGAGUCUCGUGCACAAUAAGUCGUGCCCUGUUCAUUCAAGACAUUUAUCAUAUAAAACGAUUGGACAAUGUCAUGAUAAAAUCGAGGAAUUAGAAAAACAAAAUGCCCGUCUUGUUUCAAAGAUUAAGGUAUUAAAAUAUCAACUAAAAACAUCAUCUAAUUUAUACAAUAAUAUCCAUCAGAGACCAGAGAAACCUUUAUCAAGACAUUCUCAAAGGUCAACACCAGUAAAAUUACAAAAAAUUUCAAGAUUGUCAAGAGUAGGUUUUGAUGAAAAUGAAAAGACCAUUAAACUUCCUGAAAGAAAAUUUGAAAGUACAGAAUCAUUUGAUAGUGAAAGUAGCUUAGUAGAAAAUAAAAGUAAAUUUAAGGAGAAUAUUGAACUAAUACAAUCUCAUAGAGUUAUCAAAAGUAUGGAAAUUCAAAUGGAAACUUUACAAGCACAAUGCAAAGCUUUCGAACAAAAUAUAUUGGAUAUUAAUGAAUUGUUUGAUAAAGAACGAGAUGAACAUGACAAAUUGAAAGAGCAAUUAAUUAAUGAAAGACAUAACUUAAGUGAACUAAAACCAAAAUAUAAUGCUUAUAAAGAGUCAAAUAAAGCAUUAGAAGAACAAAUUCGUGACUUACAAAAAGAAAAGUUAUCGCUCAAAGAACACAACCAGAAACUUCUACAACUUACUUCCAAACCUAAUCAUCAAAACAACGGACUAAAGUUGAAAGAAUUGGAGGAAAACUUUUCCGACACUCGAGCGGGUCUUUUAAAACAAAUGGAAGAAAAUAGUAAAUAUAUUGCAGAGUUAAAAGGGAUAAUAAAUGAAAAUGAAGUAAAACUAUCUAAUUACGCAGAUGAGAAUAAAUGUCUAAAGAAUCAACACUUGGAACUGUCGAAAAUAUUAGAAGUAAAAGAGAAUGAAAUUAAAAGUAUUCAUAAGGAAAUCGAUAAUAUUCGACAGAAAAAUGAUGACUUAAAAAAUAAGCUCAAGACAAAUAUUGAAGUUUCAAAAGGAAAUGAAAGCGAAGUUCUCACAAUGCAUCAAAAUUUGGAGUCGGAAGAUAAAAGACUGAAAAGUCAAAUUCAAGAGCUUCAACAAGAACAAUUAAAAAUUAAUCAAACCCUGAACUCUCAGUCUUAUUUAAACACAAUGUUAAAAGAUAAGGUUGACCAAGCAGAACGUGAUAUAAAAAUAGCAAUACAGUUUAUUAAAAUAUUCAUGAAUUUAUUUAAAGACAUUACAGCGUUGGACCUAUCUGAACCACUUAUGGCUACCUUAGAAAUUAUAGAAAAAGCUGUUUGUUCUAUUAAGAAAAGUAAUGAAGUUAAUGUUGAAAACAAGGAGUUUGAAGAUAUAGUUAAUGAUAUACUAGAAGUUUUGGUUAUGUUCAGAGAUCAGAUGAUUAAAAGUCGAACCAUGUUAAAUCAAGAACAGUGGACCAAAAAACCAAUUGUUAAUUUAAUAACAGACACCACAACUAAAAGUGAGAAUACCCCUAGAAUUCAAGAACAUUCUGCACAACUAGAAAUCAAUAUCAAUAGUGUAAACUUUUCUACGGAAAGUAUACAGCAUUUAAAAUCGCUACAGUCGGAACCAAACAUUUUUCUAACGUGGGGUUUUAAAGAUCAAGAAGAUGUUGCUUAUUCGCCUAGUCGUUUAGCUUGGUCUGCUGAUUUCAACUGCAGUUGUUUCUACCGUAGUAAUAAUAGCGCAGAACUUUUACAUUUUGUCGCAAAGCAUGGUUUAUUUAUCAACGUUCACUUGGUAACGGGAAAAUCAUCUCCAGUAGUGGCUGCAGGAUUAGUGAAUACAGUGGAUUCAAUAAACAAUCCUAUGGUUAAGUUUAAUUUGAUCAUACCAAUAAUGGGACAAAAUAUUGAUGCAAAAUUAAAGUGCUCAAUACAACUUAUUUGCGAUUUUCACGAGAUACAAGCGUAUUCACAAAUGGUUGAUAAUGAAUAUAGUAAUAUAGAAACUCCUAUAAACAAGACAUUGUUGAUACCAUCCACACCAAAUAAUUCAUACUAAAGAAUUAAUUAAUUAAUUAAUAUUAAGAAUUUAAGAAUUUUUUUAUAGAUUUAAUAUACAUUAAUUGUGAUAUUAGUUUUAGUGUAUAUUUACAGGGUGUUCCAUGAUGUAAUAAGUUGUCACACUCACCAGUGAGCUAGGUUGAAAACAUAUAGUUUCUUAAUAAAUAUACCUUUAAAAAAGAUCUUUACCUAUAUUUAUUAAAAAUUGGAAGUCGAGGCAUUUAAAGUUCUGAGUGUAGCUGCAAUGAAUGUUAUGAAUGUAUUGGUUUUGUUACUCUGCGUCUAAAAGAUUACAAAAGAAAUCUUGACGAACAACACACCUAUCAUGGGACAUCUGCAAUAGCAGUAUUAUUAUUAUAAAAUAUAAAUAUUGUUCCAGCUAUAGUAUAUAUAUAUAUAUAUUAAAUUAAUAUAUAGGUAUCGCCUCUUGCAUUCAUUUUAUAGUCUUCAAUUUGGUUGACCGGAGUGGGAUAAAAGCAACAAGCGGAACGAAGAAAAAUAAAAUGUCUAACUUUUGAUCUUUUUCUCUAAAUUCUGUGAUAUAAGUUUAUGAAUGUAAUUGUUGAUUAAAAUUGUUUUAUUUACAGGUACAGAUAUUUCUUAUAAUUUAUUUAUUUAAUAUAAGUUAUUCUUAUUGUGAUAAAUAAUAAGUAACAACCAAUAACUGUGUAA